CCAUCUAGUCACAGAAAAUAGAUACAUCAGAAUGCAGUUCACUGCUUGGACAUUCGCAGGCCUCUGCUGCCUGGUGGCUGGCACCUUUGCCGCACAAUUGGCACCGAUUCGAACGGCCGCUGCUGCUCCUAGGCCUGCCCCACCACCCAGCACUUUGGCCCUCGAGCUGAGGAGCAUCUUCCGACAGAUACCCGGCAAGCAGAUUGAGAAGCUCGUGCAGGCGUAUCUCCUGAACGACGAAGAGUUCCAGGGUGUCAUCAGGGACAUAAAUUCCCUGCCGGCCUAUCGUUUGAGUCGACAAUUGCUGGUGCAACCCGAAGUGCGGCAACUGCUGCAGUGGCUCUCCCAGCAGCUGAUUCUGUCGGGCAGUUCUCUGAAGAUCUUCGAGGACCUGGAACUGGAGAUUAAAGUGCUUAAUAAGUAUCCCCAUGCAUCGCAGUUGGUGAAUGGAAUCCGCGGCUUUGAGUUGGAUUUCUACCAGAUUUAUCCGCUGGAGCUCAUCCGCUCGCUGCUGGAACCGAGUGCCACUCAGUCGAGUCCCGCUCUGACGGAGCUCUGGCGCCGUCUGGUGGCCGUUCUGCCUGCCUACGAGCGUGUGGUUGGCUCUCCACAGGGCAAAUUGUUUGUCCAGAAGCUGCAGACACGAGGCGUGGCUGUGCAGGAUGUGGAUUCCCUUAUACGUUAUCAGUUUGGCUGGAGCAAUGUCACUUUGGGGGGCAAUAAUUAUCCCAGCUACGAUUAUACCGACUACUUGGGACCAUCUUCGUACUACUAAAUGUUGUAGAUCCCAGUCUGAAUGCCUAAAUAGCCAUCAAAGACUUGAAGUCUGUGUAUUAUACAUUUUUAUAUUGCUUUACUAUUAUUCACUUAACCCAAAUAUCAUAUCGUAUACCC